AUGGCAAGCCUGAAAGAUAAAGUCAUUGCUAUUACUGGCGCAGCAGGAGGUAUCGGAGCCGCCACGGCUCACGUACUUGCUUCGCGAGGAGCAUACCUCUCUCUGGCCGACACAGACGCGGCUGAGUUGCAGCACUUGUCGGAAGAAAUCUCCAAAAACUAUAAGACCGAGGUGCUUGCGACGACUGUCGAUGUUACAAACUCCGAUCAGGUUGAUGAAUGGGUCGCAGCUACCGUCAAGCACUUCUCCAAGCUCUCUGGGGGUGUCAACCUUGCUGGAAUAGUUGGCACGGAGUUCGGAAGAAAGGGCGCACAUGAAGUCUCCGAUCAGGAUUUCGACCUGGUCAUGAAAAUCAACGUCAAAGGUGUCAUGGCCUGUCAACGUGCACAGUUACAGCACAUUGAGGACGGAGGCUCAAUUGUGAACGCUGCAAGUGUCUCAGGAAAGAUGGGUAUCCCUCAAGCGUUAUCCUACGUUGCGAGUAAGCAUGCUGUCAUUGGACUCACUCGAGUCGCUGCGGUCGAGAAUGGGCACCGCCGCGUGAGAGUGAACGCUAUCGCGCCAGGGAGUGUCGAUACGAAAAUGCUGGAUGCAGCUCGAGAAGUCCACAUAGGCGACAGUGACCACAAGUCGCCUAUCAACCGAAUAGGUAAAGCAGAAGAAGUCGGAGCUUUGAUAGCUUUCUUGCUGAGUGACGAGGCAUCAUUCACUACUGGGGCAGUCUACACAAUUGACGGUGGACUGACGCCUUGA